ACCGGCCAUGCCCAAAAUACAUUGUAAACAACUCAAACUCAAACAAGCCUCUCUUUCCUAUUUUCUUAGCUUUAAUUCCUUCUCUCUUUCUUGCUAAAACACCCAACUAUAGAGAGUAGAGAUACCCAUAUAUACUCUUCAUUAAUUUCUUAAUGGAUCAUUCACAUAAACUUCCUUCCUUUAGUUGUGAACUUAGAAUUAUACAAGCCCAAAACGUUGAGUCCAUAAAGACCACAAAAAACCUAUUUACCAGGUUAUAUCUUCCAGCAGGAAACAACAAAAGAAUUCAACUCAACACCAAAAAAGUUUCCUCCAAUACCCAAUGUGUUCCCUUUUGGAACGAGUCCUUCAACUUAGAUUGUUCAUGUCCCCAAGAAUUCUUGGAAAGCCUUAAGAAGGAAAGCCUUGUGUUGGAGCUAAGGCAAAACAAGAUUUUUAGGUCACAUUUGGUGGGAAAGGGUGAGAUUCCUUGGAAGGCAAUUCUUGAAUCACCAAAGAUGGAAUUCAAGGAAUGGGUGAAGAUGGAUUUGGUGAGUGGAAUUAGUGAUUGUGAAGAUAUUAUGUUCAAGGCACCACAAGUGCAAGUGGAGAUUAAAAUACAAGUGGAGAAGGAGAAUAAUAAUAAUAAUAGGAGAAAGAGGUUGAACAAUAAGUGGGACGAGUGUGGAUGCAAACAUGGUCAUGGUCAACAUGCAUGGUGCAGUGCUGAUGAUUAUGAUAUAUAUGCUUUGGGGGCAGUUUUGGAGGCUUUUUGAUUUACACGAGAGCAAGCAAUUGAUGCACUAACAUUAGCUCGUUAAUUAAUUCAUUAAUUAUAUGUUAAUUUGGAUUAUAUGAUUUGAGUUGCUUAAUUUGGUCUGUUUUCAUUAAAAAUAUAUUAGUUUGCGAGUCAUGAGCAUAUAUUGAUUUUUUAUUUAUUUUUUGAUGUUGUAAUUGUAUAUGUGGUCUUGAUGAUUUCGUUUAAUAAUAGUAGAACUUUGUCACAAUUAA